CACAUCUCGCUUGUCGCUACAUCAGAACGCUUAAAACAAUACUCGUCGCAAACCCUUGUUCCUCGUCGACGAUCAUCGCCUUCGCACAUUAUUUUACAUAUCUCGCAAGAAAUUCGCACAGGGGAUUCUACGCAAAGCGAAAGCUUCUCCCCCCUUCCCCCUCCUUUCAAUUGAGACUGAAUUGACUUACCCCGGGGAGAACUGCUCCACUGACGUCGAAAAAAAAGAUAGACCUCUGUCUGACGUCGAACCACCUCUCCUUGUGAAAACGCACAGAAACGAAUCGCACGCAAAGUCACGCAACGUGUGCUUGCACCGCUCGAAAAACAAAAAAAAAUGACAAAACGUCCACCGACGAGCGCACACUGUCCCGCGUUUCGAAACCUUCGCCAUGUUCUGAUAAUCGCAAUUCGAUACCGGCAGCGCGCGCAGCCUUCGAUCCAUCGCGCGGGAACGUCACGUCUCGAUCGCUCGAUUGCGCAGAGCUUCAAGUCGUCGCAUCAAGCUGCUCGUCUCGUCGUUCGUUGCGGCAGAAUGAUUACGUCACUUGCACGAAUUGGCAGUUCUGCUAUUGGCCAGAGAAACUUUAAUUGUUGGACAGCGGCAAUUACAAAGAAGCACAGAAGGGUGCAUGAACGAACAUAUCCUACGACUCUUGUUUUGUCAGAUGGAAGUAGUAUAGAGAUCGAGUACCAUGAGCCACGAAAGAUAAUAACUCUCCCGUUAAAUAUCAAGGAACUUACACCGGAACAACAAAAGAAGCGACUCGAGAUGCGUAAACCAAAAAAGAAGAUAGUCAUAGCCAAGGAAAUUGAAGACACUUUUGAUGAGAAUAAGUAUCUCAAUUUUAAAAAGUGAUGACAGGUAUGCCAACUUUAAAAAGUUGUAUUUUAAGCGUUUCUGAGAACUGUAUUAUACGUGCUAAAUCUAUGUCAAAGUAUAAAAAUCUAAGGCUAAUAUAAGGGUCCUUUCUAUCUUUCAUAUAUUUUUAGUUUGCUGUAAUAUUAAAUUAUUACAUAUCCAUUUCCUCUGGAUCAUUGAGGAAAUGUAAAUACUAUAAAUUUAAAUUAUUAUAAAUUUUUGU